AUGUCUCCCACGACGACGAGCCCGUCCGCCAGUCUCAGCGCUACCUACGACUCGCCGUCCGGGCACAGAGACUUCGCAUACACCGUCUCUACCCCGCCGGUCCAGAGCGAUGGCUCUAUUGAUACCAAAGCAAAGACCACGUAUCUAUCCGAGCUGCGAGCCUCUACCAGGAGACUACAAGAAGACAUCAACAAGUUUCUGACUGAGAAGAUGGAGGAAGAUAAGAAAGCCGCCGGGCAGGACGGCCCAAGUGGCGCCUCCAGGCAAAAAUCAAAAGAUGAGUUAGAGGAAGAGAAUUACGGCGAAGAAACUGCGGAGGACGAUACAUGA